AUGGCCGCCGGCGGUAAUGGUGGUGACGGCCGCGGCGGGGUUCUGAUGGGGGGAUUUGGCGAUCUGAUAAAACCGCCGCCGGUAAUGGUGGUGACGGCCGCGGCGGGGUUAAGGGACCGGAAAACAGGGGAAGAGCAAAGGAAUUAUUAUGGAGAACUCUGGCAUUUCAGCAGCUUGAAGAUGCCUAUCCUCCUCACGUGA